AGUAAGUAAGCGGUGUUUGGCAUGUUGGAUUUGUACAUGGACCCGCUAUAAGUUUUUUUUUUUUUUUUUUUUGAGGGUUGUGUGCAUGUAGAUCUACAUCCCAAAGUGGCAAGGGAAAUAGAUGGGAGGAAAAUGGGAUUCAAUUCGAUACCAGUCGAACCCGAACCACAAGGUUCGGGCGGAACAUUGGAAGAAAAUGCUCAUCGAAGACAGGCAAGACAGAGCAUUUCUGGGUAAGGAUCAAGGGCCGUUGAUCCAAUGCCAUACCUCCUGACCCUGCCUGCAUCUGGAACCUGCAACCUGCACUAGCGCAGCAGGAGAAAUACUACUCUACUGUACGGUGCAAGGGACCGCCAAAGAAAAAAGUCACUGUUGUUUUUACCAGCCAAGGCAAGCCCAUCCCUGUCUGCCGCUUCCAGUCGAACAAAUUUUCUUGGCACGCUUGUCUCCCAUGCCUCGAUUUCCGCGAAGGAGACUUUUGAUUUUCAGCUUCAGCAUUGCAAGUUUUCCUACUUGCAUUCACCUCUCUGUUUUAGGUGAGGCAGGGCAAAUCCCCUAAAAACUCUGGCGCCAUUCCCGCCUGAUGGGCUAUUCCUUCUGUCUACGUUUAACCACCAAGAUUCAUUUACCCAGCAUCUCCCUGCAUUAGCAUUCAUUCCACCACCUUAUUCGAAGCCAAUCGUCAAUUUAUCACCAUUUCCAGCUUGUCUGUCUGCCACCGUUUUUCCGUCAUCAACCAUCUGACCUAAUAAUCGCCAACCUCUCCACACCCUAACAACCUCGUCGAAAGGUUCUUGCGGUUUCUGACGCUGUGUCAACCCUGCCUCUCCUUGACAAUUCUCUCCUAGAAAAGCUACCGACUCCUCACCUCACCAUGGACGCGUACAUCAAAUAAAAGAAACUCUGCCGGCCAAAGCAGAACGUACCUAUUUAGUUGCCUUUCCCCUUCACCAGCAUUUUCACUGCACUCGUUCCCUAGACGAUCAUAUCCAUCAUCAUGAAAAUUUCCUAAAUUAUCCGUCGUCACUCACGGCUUUCGUAGCAUCGCCAGCAAUUAUUUGCCGUCGUCGCGUUGUGCACGACGGGGACUCUUGCACACGAGUUCACCUGACUUUCAAUAUCUGAUACUGCUAUUUUCUUCAACUGGUUACAUUGUGGACUUGGAAGAAAAAGAGAGAAAAAAAAUCCCAUAAACUAUGGCCCGCCUCAAGGAUUUUUUGAAGGCUCAGGCUAAGAGCUUGAAGCCUGCAUUCUUUUCCAAGCAGCCUCAUUUCAACUUCAUCAGCGCACACUAUUUCUAUAUCCUUGCCCAGACCAUCUUAGCUUCCGUCCUAUUAUACGCUUCAGGAGGUGCUGCUCUCUCUUACAUAGAUGCACUCGUCUUUGGAAGCGGAGCGGCAACGCAGUCGGGACUCAACCCCGUCGACGUCAACCUGCUCAACACUUUUCAGCAGACUGUCGUUUACCUCGUGUGCAUGAUGUGCAGUCCCAUCACAAUCAACUCGUUUGUGGUAUUUCUCCGCCUAUAUUGGUUCGAGAAGAAGUUUCAAGACUUGGUCAAGGAUGCGAGAAAACGGCGCUCGACUUUUGCCCAAACUCGGUCCAAAGCGAAGAGCGUCGACCAUCGUCAAUUGAACGAUAUGGAGAACGGCGUCAAUGGUAGAAACAUCACCGUAAUGCGCAACAACGGCGAUACCAGGAUCACUAAUGAUGGCCUGCUCUUGUCUCCGAUUCCUGAGCCAAGGCCCAAUGGCAUGCCUAACACGCCCAAAUCGUCCCGAGAUACCGACCCGACUGACGAUGGACUGGACAGCCAAGAUCGAGAGUUCCCCCAGCUUAGGACAACUGAGGAGCAUGUGGCCAUCCUAGAACGGCAACGAAACGAGGGUGAAACUCUGCGAAUUCCCGGCCCCCGAGACGUUGAGCUGGGUAUGGCCCCGGAGAGGGUCGAGCAUAGUGCCGAUGAAGAUGCCAUGCCCCGAUCACCUAGAUCACCUCACCGUCGCCCGCGCAGCAUGGAAUCUGCCGAUGGGCGGGCCCCCGGGCCUCGCCAGCAGACUAUUGUCAUCCAGGAGCCGACGAAACCGCCGGCGCGUGAGGAAAUGGCGGAGGAGUUCGAAGCCAUUAAGAACACGCUCGAUCCGUUCAAGUUGCGAGUGCCGCGUAUUUUCAAAAACAAAAACCCUAGGCUCCACGAGGACGACAGCGACGAGGAGCAGGAGCAAACGCACUUGCCCGAGAGACUCAGGAGGCGCUCAACUUUUGGUAGCGUCCGCAAAGCAUUCACCCAGGACAAGGUGGAAGAUACGCCCUAUCUUUCGUGGACCCCGACCGUCGCUCGCAAUUCAAAUUUCCCCGGAAUGUCUGAGGAGCAGCGUGAAGAGAUGGGCGGUAUUGAGUACAGGUCGCUGAAAUCUCUGGCAAAGGUCCUGGUCUUCUACUUUAUGGGAUUUUCCGUUUUAGGUGUCGUCUGUCUACUGCCCUGGAUCCUGUUGACAGAACGAUGGGGAGUUAUCGUCGACCAAGCAGGCCAGAGCCGGACAUGGUGGGGCUUUUUCACUGCCAAUUCGGCUUUCAUGGACCUCGGAUUCACGCUCACCCCGGACAGCAUGGUGUCGUUCAAUACGGCCACUUUCCCGCUUCUGUUGAUGAGCUUUCUGAUCAUUAUCGGAAACACAGGGUUCCCGAUCAUGCUGCGAUUUCUCAUAUGGGGUUUCUCCCUGAUGGUUCCACGGGGAAGUGGACUAUGGGAGGAGCUCAGGUUUUUACUUGACCACCCUAGAAGAUGCUUCACGCUUCUCUUCCCAGCUGGAGCCACUUGGUGGCUAUUCUGGAUCCUUCUAGCGCUGAAUGGGAUCGACCUAAUCUUUUUCAUUGUUUUAGAUCUCGACAGCGGUCCAGUUUUUGAAAUGCCUACGGGCAUCAAGAUUCUGAACGGUAUCUUCCAGGCAGCCUCUACCAGAACUGCCGGCUUUGCGAGUGUGAAUCUUUCUCAGCUCCACCCGGCCGUGUUGACAUCCUACAUCAUCAUGAUGUAUAUCUCGGUCUUUCCCAUUGCUAUAUCAGUGCGUAGGACCAAUGUAUACGAGGAAAGCGCUUUGGGGAUCUACACCAACGCAGAAGAUGACGAGCAGGUGUCGCACAUUGGCUCUCACUUCCGGCGGCAGCUGUCUUUCGACUUGUGGUUCAUCUUCCUGGGUUACUUUAUUUUGUCCAUCUCGGAGGGCACCCGGCUUCAAAGCGGAGACAUUACGAUGUUUGCCGUUCUGUUUGAGGUUGUCAGUGCCUACGGUACGGUCGGCCUGAGUUUAGGAUACACCAACGUCAAUACUUCUCUGGUUGGACAGUUCUCGACGGUUGGCAAGCUCGUCAUAGUGGCGAUGCAGAUCCGCGGUCGCCAUCGUGGUCUUCCUUACGGUCUUGACCGGGCUGUGCUGUUGCCCGGCGACUCACGCAACGUGACCGAGGAGAAGAAAGAAGCGGCCCAUGCGGACAACUCUCUGGAUACACAAUUCCAGCUGCACCGUCGCGCUUCUGGCAUGUCGACUGCCACUCAAGGGGUGGGCUCGUCUGUGAGGCGCGGCCGCAGCCGGAGCAUGACUCGAGUCAACAGCAACGUGCUGGUGCAGCUCUUGCAUCCUGGACCAGCACCGAUACCCCAUGGGCCCCCGAUGCGAAGGAGAUCGGCGGCAGAUAUGGAGGAAGAAGAGUAUCAUGAAAUGUACGAGCGGUCCACGUCAUCAAUAAGGAGGGCUGAGACCAUUGCGCAGGUUCCAAUACCGUCAACCGGCAUUCCUGCGAGACACUAGACAGCGCUUUGUUGGGCGGCAUAUAUUUUCUUUUAACUCUUUUCAGUGCAUAUUUUACUGGAGGCUUCCAUCGCUUUGGGCUCUCUUUUUCUUGGCAAGCGUGUUCUAUGGGCGUGGCAAGCUUCUUUUCACCAAAAACAAACUCACUACGACUACUAGAUUUUGUAUUAAUUGAUUUGUAGGCAGGGAGUUAUCAGGGGCUGUCAUCCAUCCAAAGGUUUUCACCUUUUCUGUUUCUUUACCUUUGUUCUUUGAUGAGACGAUUCGUUGAAACGAACUUCCUAGAACAGACGAUAGUUGGUCAAAAUACAGUUGGCUACAGAAUCGUGAAUCAGCAAGCUCGGAAUGUCUCAAGACAAGAAAAAGAAUUAAGUCUAAAACCGAAACAAACUAAUGCGCAGCAUAGUGUAAGACCGACCAUAUGAAAAGAUUCAGUCAAAACUGACAUUACAAGGAUUUCAAAUCGUGUUUUGUUACAGUAUGUCUAUGUUUUUAGAUAGUACAUUUCCCUCAUAUAUGCAAUACACGAGUCC